UUAAGAUUUAAUUAUUAUUCGAACUCUGACGGUUAAAGAUGGUCUUCCUACAAAGGCUGUACUUAUCCUUCCUGCUCCUCCAUACUCAGUUGUUGAUGCACCUGGAAUCUGCAUCUGCGUCUUGUAAUCCGGGUGAGAAAUGCAUUAGUCUAGCCAACUGCACACCACUCUUGCCCUUUCUGAACCCCCACAUCAUGACGCCAGCCGAAAGGGCAGUAUUCGAGGGCAGACAGUGCGGCUUUGACUCCACGGGGCAGGAAUUAGUGAACAGAGUUCAGAUCUGCUGCCCGGAAAUGGGACACAUUUUGCCAAAUAACUCGAUAUGCGGACCAAUCAUACCGACUUUUCGAAUUAUCGGAGGAUAUGAGGCGGAACCCAACGAGUUGCCUUGGAUGGCCCUGAUUCUAUAUGCGCAAAGCAGCAGUUCGGUGUCGAAUGAAAGACUCGUGUCCAAGUGCGCUGGUUCCCUGAUCACAAACCGCUAUGUGCUGACCGCAGCCCAUUGUCUGAAGAUAAGGGAAUGGGAUCUGAGGAGGGUGCGCCUUGGCGAGCAUAACAUCCUUAGCAAUCCCGACUGCUUCAGCAAUAUUAAUGGUGUUAAACAGUGCGCUCCACGGCAUCUGGAGAUUGACGUCGAUCUGAGAAUCGAGCAUGAGCAGUACAUGGUCAUCAUGCAAAGGCACUACAACGACAUCGCCCUGCUGCGACUCAAGUUUCCAGUACGCUUUACCGAUGAAAUCAAACCCAUCUGUGUUCAACAUGGCUAUAUGUUAUCGAAGCCCUCCUUCAGCAACCAUAAAUUGGAAAUAGCUGGCUGGGGAUUGUCUCAUAAGGAGGGCUAUAGCAAUGUGCUGCUAAGGGCCCAAGUCGAUGGCAGGAACACGGACGAGUGCUCUUUGAGUGAUCCUUACUUGGGAUUCGACAAGGAGACCCAGAUAUGCGCCGGCGUCCGGGGAGGCAAUGACACAUGCAAAGGUGACUCCGGCGGUCCCCUGAUGGCCCUUGGUAACGGGUAUUUCAUAUAUCUAGCCGGAAUCACAUCCUAUGGGUACAGUGAGUGCGGAUCCGGACCAGCAGCUUACACAAGGACAUCCAAAUUCAUUAAAUGGAUCCAAUGGAAAAUGUACACUACGCGAAUGAAAUAAUCAAAAUA